GUGCUCGUCAACUAUCGGUGAUAAACAGACAGGUGCUUGACAUGUCUCCACCCUCGUCGCGGACGGUGGAUAUAGAGCUGUUGAUCAAGUGUCACCUUAGCUUCAUAUCUAGAUAUGAAGCUCCUCAUAUAUUUAUUUGCUCUACUUCUAGGAGCUUUUCAAAGUGUGGCCAGCACACGGGUCUAUGAGCUCAGUGACAGGUUUUUGGACAUCUACCAGGAGGGUACGUGGCUGGUGAAGUUCUACGCUCCCUGGUGCGGCCACUGCAAGAAGCUGGAGCCCGUGUGGAUGCAGGUGGCUCAGCAGCUGGCGCACUCGGAGGUGCGCGUCGGCCGCGUGGACUGCACCAAGUACAGCGGCGUGGCCAGCCACUUCGGCAUCCGCGGCUACCCCACCAUCAAAUUUAUUCGCGGCUCCGAAUUCGAGGACACCUACGAGGGCGACCGGGAGCGGGAGCACAUCGUCGAGUACGCUCUGCGUAUGAACGCGCCGGUGGUGGCACCCCUGGCCGACCCGGCCGCGGUCCGACAGCUCAGCUCCAAGCACGUGCUGUUCUUCGUCUAUGUCGGAGAGCACGAGGGUCCGCUGUGGGAGGCGUAUAGUGAGCUGGCGGGGAAGUUCCGCGCCCACCACUACUUCUACAGCUGCGACGAGAACGUCUUUCAGAAGGUGGAUAAGAGCGUAUCCGCUCCGUCGGUGGUUGUCUGGAAGGACGGCCGGUUCCGUCCGUUCGAACACUCGCCGUCCGAGCCGCACCUCAACUCCUCGCUCUACCAGUUUGUCAACACGGAGCGGUUCACGAGGUUUAUGAAGGUAACUGCUGGUAACUUUGGCCAGCUGCUGAGCACCGGCCGUCUGCUGGUGAUCGCCGUAGCCGAGGAGGACCCGGUCCGGCGGAUCCCGGCCGUGGAGCAGAAGUUCCGAGACAUGCUGGAGGCGGUGGCCAUCGACACGGCCGACAAAUACUCCUGCCGUAAGGUUCAGUUCGGCUGGGUGGCCCAGCCGAGUCUGGUGAACGGCGUGGCGGCGCGCACGCUGGCCGUGCCCUCUCUGGUGGUGAUUAACGCCUCCGAUUAUACCCACUAUGUACCGGACGACGAGCCGGAUCAGCUCACUGAACAGGCGGUGAUGGUGUUCCUGGACAGGGUGAUGGCUGGAGAUGUGCAGGCUGGCGGGGGCGACUCGUACCCGAUGCGCGUGUACCGGGCCGUGUACCAGGCGCGCAGCUCGAUCGAGGGGAUGUGGCGCGGUAACCCGAUCCUGACGGCGCUGCUGUUCGGCCUGCCGGCCGGCUUCCUCACCCUCAUCUGCUACUCCAUCUGCUGCCAGGACAUCAUGGACGCGGACGAGGAGGACGAGGAUUACGCGUAUCACGAAAAGAACGAGUAGCUGCACCGUGCCGCCCUCUGCUGGUCGUACUCUGUCCGACCUCUGCCGGCCGUGUCUCUCCGGCUUCCCUGGCCGUAUCGCUCGUGCCAUCGGCGUCUCAUCCACCGGUCCGCUCCGCUGCUGCAGCGACACAUGCAGGCAGGCGACGGGGUGGCAGCGAGGGAGCAUGGAGACGGCAGGGGUGCCGUGGAUGCCGUAUGUCAUCCGUGACUGGUCCUCUGUCAGUGUUGAGUGGAAGUCAUCAAGUCAUCAGGGCAUAUUAUGUGGGUGUCUGUACAAUUCGCCCGAGGCUGCUCGUGACGCCUCAGUCGCCAUUCUGUGGUCUGGCUCCCCAUAUAAUACCGCCUAGCCAGAAUUCACAGACCGGUACCGAUUAGUCGUGACUGUUUCUGAUCGGUGCCGCAUCUCUGAAACAGUGGACUACUCCGCUUUGUCUCCUGUCAGGCACGGGGAUCGAUCAAAGUCAGGAAUCAUGUAAAGUGUUCAAGUGUGCAUGUGCAUUGAAGACUGGCGUCUGGAGCCUGAAUAGCCAAUUUAUCAUUUAUUUUACUGUACCGUUUUACGAGGGUACUCUUUUAUCCAGCACUAUGCAUGGAUUUAUUGCUGUUCAAGUUUAUACCAGAUAUUCAGUUAUACGGAUUUUCAUUCGCGGCCACCGCUAAGGAGCGAGGUGCCAUAAUUAUCUUAUGUGUUCAUCUGACUGCCAACUACUCAUUCCUUUAUCGUGGUGGACUCAGUCGUCAUAUAUGAAUGGCUGCAAACGGCUGCGACUCUUUUACCCAUGACGUUUGUCCUGUGCGUAUGUAGCUUGUGUAAUGUAUGCGUGAGUAAUGUAUCAAUCGUCAGUCAAUUCGCUGUUGGCACGUAUCGUUGUCGCUCGCGCUGUAACGGCCGCCGUCAUAUGUGGAGUGUGGACUGCCGAGCGUGGCUUACAUUCUACGAUACACUGCACCUGUCGUUCGGGGGUCCUCGGGAGUCAGAAGUUUGAGGAUGCUCAGGUCAAUCGCUACGGCUUUACCGUGACAUGAUGAUACGAUGCGUAGAUAACAUCAUGACUGCCGUUCUGGUGAGCGCGAGCUGUUUUUGAACCACCGUUCGGAAUUUCUCACGAGCUUUGUCCGGCCAUACGUGCAUUGUACGCGUCGUGUGUGAGUGUUUCGUCCCGGGGCAGCUGCGUUGCGUUGCGGGGUGGUCGGGUCGUGUUUCUCUGUCAGUUUUUUUGUGGUUAAAGCCGGGGGGGAGGGGUGACAGUAUUCUCGGUCGGGUGCCAUAUGUGACCUCUCGGGUCAUCGUGUGACCGCUCGGGUCACUCCUGUAACCUCCUGGCUGCCAUUUGUGUUACAUGUCUCUCCCGAUCGGUUAUCUAGUCAGUCACUCGCGGACAAAGCCAAAUACAUGACUGGCUCCGUGGCCAUCCACGGUGCCAGCGAACUGAACAAA